UCGUUGGACACGAGUAGAGAGGGCUGAGGGGGUUGGCCAAGACUACUUGUGUGUGUAUAGUCUGAAGCCUUACAUGUUCGAAGGGCUGUACUAGGUUGGGGAGGUGUGGCUGGUGAAAAAUAAACUUUUUUUUCCCCUUUGAGUAAAGUUCAAUCUGCCGAGGUAACCUCUUUGUUUGUCAGUUAAAAGACAGACUAGGGAAGAAUUGAGCAGAAGGUUUUAGAUCUGAGGCAAUAGCCUCCCCUCUGAAACUAAGAGAGGGUUUUUGUGAGUCUGUCAGUGGUGUACGCUAGGAACACGGAUUCUGAAUGCCAUGUACUGGAAGAGCUCGCAGCUGGUGGUGUGUCGCAUGGAAAGCGAAGAGAAGUACACGGCUGGUGUGUGUCUUCAGAAGUUUAAAAACCAUGUCGGACGACCCUGAAUCCACUUCCUCCAACUCUUUUGAAAGGAUUUGGAAACGGAGUACUUGCAAUCUGACUAACUCUGAGCGGGUGGUUAAGGACGAAUCCAGUUCCCCAGCUCCCUCGGCCUCGCCAUCCCUAUCUCCACAAUCGAUGAUCUCUUCCAGGUCGUGCAGAAAUAUCUGCAGCAGCUGCGGCUUGGAAAUAGUGGACCGAUACCUCCUGAAGGUGAAUGAACUAUGUUGGCAUGUCCGAUGUUUGGCCUGUAGUGUGUGCAAAACCUCCCUGGGCCGACACACCAGCUGCUACAUCAAGGAUCACGAAAUAUUUUGCAAACUGGAUUAUUUCAGGCGUUAUGGGACCCGAUGCUCUCGCUGUGGCAGGCACAUCCAUUCGACAGACUGGGUCCGCAGGGCCAAGGGUAAUGUCUAUCACCUGGCAUGCUUUGCCUGUUUCUCCUGCAAGAGGCAGCUGUCCACUGGGGAGGAGUUUGCUUUGGUGGAAGAGAAGGUCCUCUGUCGGAUACACUAUGACUGUAUGUUGGACAACCUCAAAAGGGCAGCUGAAAAUGGGAACGGAGUGACCAUGGAAGGAGCACUACCAACCGAGCAGGAUGUCAUUCAACCCAAACCAACGAAACGAGCACGGACCAGCUUCACAGCUGAUCAGCUCCAGAUAAUGCAAGCUCAGUUUUCACAAGACAACAAUCCAGAUGCACAAACGCUGCAGAAACUUGCAGACAGAACUGGUUUAAGCAGGCGUGUGAUACAGGUUUGGUUUCAGAACUGUAGAGCACGUCACAAGAAGCAUGUGAGUCCAAACCACCUGUCAUCUACCCCAGUGACAGUGCAACAGGAGAGUGUGUCUCCCCAAAUGCUGGAUGAAAUGACCUACUCAGCAUAUGUAGCACCAGAUGGACAGAUGUUGACUGCCUUACACACCUACAUGGAAUCUCAUUCACCGACAUCACUGGGACUUCAACCUCUUCCAUCUCGAUCAAUGGCACAGCUUCCUCUUGGCCAUGCUUGACUUCCCUUCAGUGAUUUGAUUUUUGCUGAAUAUUCAGGUUGGAAGAUAAAUGCAAAGUGCGUUAAAUCUACGGCAUUUCACUCUGCUUUUGAAGUGUUGCAGAUGAAAAACUUUUUUUUUUUCCCUGACCCUUUCCUAUUUAUUGGCAUCUAGUGGAGCACUUUUUGUUUCUUUGAUUCUGGUUGGAUUGCUAAUGUACCAAAUGUUUACAAGUUUGUAGUGUAAAUGUUAAUGUUAGUUUAAUUGGUAAGUUAUUGUUGAAUAUAUUGAGUGUUUGCAAACAGUGUUUUAUACAGUUUAACUUCCUUUAUUCAAGGAAAGAAAUUUGUGUAAGAAGUCCUGUUAUCUCUCCAUUCUAGU